GUUCAGUCGUGCAAGAAUUUCGACCAAAGCGGCACCGCGGCAGUGAUUGACGACACAAAGUGACAAUCAUGAGGCAUAUACUUGGAUUAUUUGCAAUCAUGACAGUGAUUUUGCAAGAUGUUGAGUGUGAAUUGAGUACCUUUGGGCACUGUAUCAAAAAUAAGCCCUACAUGGGAGUUGUUCCAUGCUUGGGAGAGCAAGCCCUACAUACGUUACAGUCCAUCGAAGAAGCCGACAACUACACAAUCACCAAUGGCCUAUCAAUUGUGCGCGAUAGUGGAUUUUCAAUGCCAAGAUCAAUUCCGUUCAAUUUCCUCGACCGUGACUCGCUCAAUUUGAGAUCCUUGCUGGACCACACAGGAGUCAUUUUGAGUCAGAGGACACUUAAUUGGGACAUGGGAUUCGUUUAUCCGGGACUAAUGAUGAGAGUGGGACCAUCUGGUGAUGCAAACAGCGUGUUGGAAUUUGUCAUGGAUAGCGUGCAUGGGCAGGAAGUAGAUGAUCGUGGAGGAGAACCGCCGUCUACAGCUCGUUUACUGAAGAAGCAGCUCUUGUUGCCCUUCCUCCUGGGCCUCAAGUUUAACAUGGCUGUCUUGCUUCCAAUCAUUCUGGGAAUUCUUAUUUUAAUUGGAAAGAAGGCAGUUUUCUUGAGCAAACUCGCCCUUCUUCUCACAGGAGUUUUUGGUGCAGGAGGAAUAGCUUCUCUCUUUGGUUUUGCCUCAAAACCAAUCAGUAGCUUCGGAUUGGGUGGCUAUUCAGGAUUAGGAGGAUAUUCAACACACGAAUAUUACAAGGACUACAGGGACAAAGACUACUCUGAUUACAAAGACUACAAAGGAAAUCACAGGCAAUUCGAAACGACCACCAAAGCAUAUGAGCCAGAUACAUUUUAUGAUUUUGAGAAGAAAUUCUUCAGCAAAAGAGGUGGACCGCAUAUUUUUGAGAGGGAAUCCACUGGUAGUGAUUUCAAAGUGGACACAUCCACCGAGGCAUCGAGUGGCCCAUCGGAAUUUGUGUCACGAAAUGAUUACAAGAAUUUUGCGUGGCACACAAUUAGCCAAUGAUGAUGUUUGUUGACCAUCUUCAGAGGAAUUUCGUGUCAUUUUCACCCACAGAUAUUCACACCAUUUUACCAAAGAGCACAAAAUAAAUGUUUUUGAUUUUUUUC